AUGGAAAUCAAUGUUGAGAUUACUAAAGCAAUUGGAUUAGCAUUCGCGGUUAUAAUACUUAAAUAUGUAGUCCAGACAAUCUAUACUGCGUUCUAUGGUCCAAUAAGUAACUUCCCUGGACCAAAGCUAUCCUCGUGGAGCCGCAUUCCAUCAUAUCUCAAAGCAAUGCAGGGUCAAAGAUGGCGUUGGACUCAACUUGAGUUGACACCCAAAUACGGGAAAAUAUGGAGACAAGCUCCAGACAUACUCUUCGUUUCUGAUAAAUAUAUUGUCAAGGAGAUUAUUGUUCACAAGCGUCGAUUACUCUCACCCGCGUUUUCGGUUAAAUAUCUUCGGUCUCUUGAGCCGUUGGUCGCAAAGUGUGUUCGUCACUUGAUUGAAAAGCUUAACUCUGUGAUAAACGAAAAUGCACCAAACGAAGGAGCGGUCGAUGUAAUUGGGGAGACUGCUUUUGGAGGUAGUUUUAAUAUGAUUCAAAAUGGAAAUCAUCCACUACCAGGUGAAGUCGUUCUUGAGUUAAGUAGGCGCAUUAUGAGAAAUCUAUUCCCUAUACUAAAACCGUUUAUGAAAAAUAAUGGAUAUAUGUACGAAUUUUCGAGGAAUCUCAUUAACCAACGGCGCCAAGAAACCGGUACCAAAAAGAAAGAUAUUCUUCAGAUUAUUCUUGAUGUCGGUGAAGAAGAAGCAUUAUCGGACAUCGACAUUUAUGAACAGAUCAAUGAAUUCAUUAUUGCUGGGAGUGAUACGACGAGCUUUAGCACUUUCUUUACCAUAUUGAUGCUUCUAAAAAAUCCGGAUAAGUUGUCCAAACUUAUUGAGGAAUUGGAUAAUGAAUUUGUUGAUUUACCAAGAGACGAAAUACCAGACCAUGACAGACUAAAGACACUACCAUAUUUGAACGCUGUCAUAAAUGAAGGAAUGAGGCUAUGGCCCAUUACAUUGGAUGGAGGUAGCGGACGUGUUGUCCCAGAAGAUACCAUGAUCAACGGAGUAUUCUUCCCCAAGGGUAUUCUGGUAGUUACUAACUACUAUGCUAUGCACACUUCUUCUGAAUAUUGGGGCGAGAAUGUAAAGGAAUUUGUUCCCGAGCGUUGGUUUGAGCCAGACGUACCACGUGAUGCAUUUUAUCCGUUUUCAGCUGGUUCACGGAACUGUAUCGGACAAAACUUUGCGUGGUUAGAAAUGCGUCUUAUUAUCGUGUCACUUUGCAGGCUCUUCAGAUUUGAAGAUAUCCCAGGGCAGGAUCACUGGGACAUUGAACAAUACCUAACACCCACUCUUGCGAAAAAUGAGUAUAAUAUUCGCGCAUGGAUUCGAUCUUAA